AUGAUCAGCUAUAAGCCAGCCUUGUUUGGGUUCCUCUUCCUCCUGCUAUUGCUUAGCAACUGGCUGGUCAAGUAUGAAUUCAAGCCUACCCCCGCAGAGACCCAGCAGGAAAAGACAGAAAAACAAAAGACCCCCGAAGCCGAACCCAAAUGCAACACCAUGAGCACGAGAGAAGUCGAGAGACUGCACGCCUGCUUUGCCCUCCAGGACAAGAUCCUUGAACGGCUUAUGUUCAGUGAAAUGAAGCUGAAGGUCUUAGAAAAUCAGAUGUUCAUCGUUUGGAAUAAAAUGAAUCACCACAAGCGGUCGAGCGGUCAGCAGAUGUUUGCCGAGAGGAAGCACAGACCGAGGAGACAGGAGUCCCCCUUCUCUAUCUACUCGGAGUGCACAACCAAUUCCCCCUGA